AUGCCAUCAACCUUUAAUCUUUUCUUGCGCGGUUCCUCUACUUUAAAAUUAAGUUUAUCAACUUUUUCCAAGGCUGGCGUCUCUAUUCCUAUUCACUGUUUGGAUCUUCACUUUAGUUUCAGCAUGGCUGCCACUGAGCAGGUCAAUGUGAAGAUGGAAUGUGAGGAACCGUCGGCGAUAACCGUUGAAGAAAAACCUCCCGUAAUCCAAGCGGAUAAACAGCCUGAUGUCAUUGGUGUGCCUGACGUUGCGAUUGAACCCGGAAUGGAAGGCCACGUGCAUCCUGGGGAUGCAGGUCUAGAGGACGAGGAUGAUGAAAUGGAAGAUGAAGGUAAUGAAUCUGAAGGUGACGAGGUAGAGAGUAUAGUGGAUAUAAAGAUACAAAAUGGUAUCUUCAAAUAUCGUGUACGAUGGGUUGGCUGUAAGCCAAGUGAGGAUACCUGGGAGCCAGAGGAGAGUUUUACGGGGUCAGAGAGCAAAGCACUACUGGAGGAAUAUCGAGAAACCCACAAGGAUAGGGUUGAAGAGCUACUGAGAAAUGAAAAGAACAAAAAAGGAAGAAGAUCGAAGCGAGGGCCGCGAUGGGAGUAUGUCUCGGAAAUAGUUACCAGAGAGGAUAAGACUGCUCUCAAACCACGCGAACUUCAGUCUGAUGAUGUAUUUUAUGGUCAGACGGCUGCUGAAGUAGCUGCAGCAUCUGGUGAACUCAAAAAGCUAUUCGAUCCUACGCAUAAGAAUACGGUGACGGAGUUGUUUUUAUCAACUACUGAUCCUGCAGUUAAAGUUACCCGAAGCCAAACGAAGGCCCUAAUUGGUUCACGGGAGGAGUCAAGAUCCAAUACUCCAAUUUCAUCGAAAUUACUAACAGCGGAAGAUACAUGUCGAGGAUCUGCAAGCCCUACUCCUAAUCAAGCUCCAAAAAGUCGUCAAAAGAAAGGAAAAGCUUCCGGCAAAAGGACUACGAAACGGAGGGCAGCAAAGGAGCAGGAAGAAGAACCUUCCACAGAAGCGGUCGUUGUCACGUCAGCAAGCCUUGUGGACAGUCAGACAAACUCGACUUCUCCUUCUGACAAACCUCCUAUCGUGCUGAAGUUGACGUUGAAAAAGGCAGACAAACCUGCAAAAAGGGAGAAACGUUCUUCAUCGGAGAAAUCGCCUAAAGAGAAGAAAAAAAAGGAGAAGAAAACAUCGCUGCCGACGGUUGUUACAUCUCCAUCACCGAAGCUGGAACCAUCUGAGCCGGAUUGCUCCAAUCAGCAGACAAAAAUAGAGGCUACUGAUGCGUCCGUAAUGUUUAAAACUGAGAUCAAGCCAAAGCUAGUGGAGUCAGCUUCGAAACCACAGACUGUGACUUCGGCAUCACCCGCAGCUGCGUCGUCUGAUGAGCUUCCUGCUCCUAAGGGACGGCGGAGGGCUCUUCAUUUGUUACCAGGACCUAUAUCCAUAAACGAACCUUUAACAUCACAAGUACUGAAUGGUAUGUUACGUGAUCUGGAAAUAAAAUAUUAUGGAGAGGAAGAAAGGCAUCCGUACAGCCAGGAGCAAUUUAACGAAGCGAUUUUAUCUGGAAACUUCAUGCGGGUAAGAAGGGCUAUGGUCAACAACUUGCUGACAGCACCGCGGUUGGCCAUGUGGACCAACACAUUCGGAGCGAAUCUUUUACAUUUGUUGUGCCGCACUUUGAAGUGUGACGAACGCCAUGCUGGUGAUGACAUAGCGACAGUACUCUGCAACAUCGCACCUACAUUACUCGCUGGGCGUGACAACCAUAACAGAUUGCCUAUUCAUGAUGCGGUUGACAAGGGGCAGGUGUGCCGAGUCUUCCGACUACUAACAUUUCACUCACCUGUCAAUGUAAUCGACCGUAACGGCAAUACACCUUUGUCCUUGGCGUACGCUAAGAAUCAUGCGAAGAUGAUGCGUAUCUUGCUACAAGGAGGUGCAAACUUUUGGACUUUGGAAAGCUCUGAAAGGAGGAAGCCAGAAAAUCUGAGAAAACGGAGAGCGUUUGAUGUCUUGUCGAAGCACUCAAGGAUAAUGUCUGCCCAAUUGGUGCGAGCCAGGAGGAAGGUAUAUAGGUUACUCACUGAAGUGCGAACAACAUCACCAUGUUUCACUGCUCCAUUUGCGGAUGGUCCAGAAUUUUCUUUCAUUUAUUACCAUUACCCUUUACCACAAGCUGAUGUCGGUCAAUGCGGUCACAUACUUUUUCUACAUGUUUGUAGCGUGAAGCCUGAAGGAGGAGCUCUGCAAGCUCGAUGCUGGGGUGGACUACGUCUGGCUCAGGCUCCUCAGCACAAUAAUCGACCGCUGGAACCUACCAGUUUCACGGAACGCGGAGACCAUAUGAUGUUUUUCAUUACACCUGUUAAUGGUGCGAAUACUAUCCAUGUAAGAAUUAGCGAUGCUGAAAUGCCAAAGAAACUGAUCCUCGCAAUGCAGGUCGUAUUAGUUAGACGGGCUGUGCGCGAGAACUCGUCCUCUUCUCAUAGUCACUACCCACCAUUGGAGCAAGCACCAAUGGCGACGGAGAGAAGGCUGCAAGCGGAUCGAGUACGUCUUCGCACAGCUGCUGAGAUGAAGGCUAUGGAUAGGGAAACACGCAUUAGGGAUCGUCGCAUCAUUGACAUCUACGGUUACACCAUUUGUGGGAGUGCUGAUGAAAGCAAAAUAGUAUUAGUAUUUGUGUUCCUCAAAGUAGCCCCGUGGAACUUAGAUCGCCUUGAUCUCAAGCUUGGCAUUGAGACGGGACCUGCUCCCGGGAUCGACGUUGGUGCUGCUGUCGCUCCCAGCACUCACAAAAUCGAUCCUUGA